UGUUAACGUCAUACGCCAUAUAUAAAAGGACAAACAGCGUUGCUUGUGUGUUCAGUGGUUUGUGUGACGAAUCGUUGGUGAUUACAGGCGGCUUGCGAAGCUAAAUUGAAGAAGUAUCGAGAAGGUGAACGAAAUUCAAUUUGAAACUAUUUCAUCAGUCAAGUUUUGCACGAAAACUAUAUUUCAAGAUGUCACUCCUUCCAUUGCUUAUUGAUGAUUUGCUCGACGUCCCCCGGAGGCCUGUACAUUUAUUCGACCAAAACUUUGGCAUGGGAAUGUUGAGAGAUGAGCUUCUGAAUCCUUCCCUUAUUGCCCCUCUUCGUGCAGGCUAUUACAGACCAUGGCGCAGUCAGGCAGCUCGCCACAGUGGAGUAUCAAACAUAGAGAACACUAAGGAUGGUUUCAAGGUAAAUCUGGAUGUGCAACAGUUCAAGCCUGAUGAACUUACUGUAAAGAUGGUGGAUGACUAUGUAGUUGUGGAUGGGAAACAUGAAGAGCGGCAGGAUGAGCACGGCUUCAUUUCUCGACAGUUCCAGCGUCGCUAUAAGCUACCUAGUGAUGUUCAUCCAGACACUGUGCUGUCGCAGCUUUCAUCAGAUGGGGUCCUUACUAUUUCUGCACCAAAGAAGGCUCUUCCUACAUCCACUAAUGAAAGAGUUGUCCAAAUCACUCAGACCCAAGCCCCAGCACUGAAGCAAGAGAAAGCUAAAGGAGAUGAGGGUCAGAAGAUGGAGUCUUAAGGAGUUUCUGGUGACUGAUCCAGCAUUUAUGUUAAAAGUAUUGCAUUCAUUAUAUAUAUGUUCCUGUUCUUGUCACUUUAUGGUAAUUGAAUGAAUGCUUCUUUGUGUCAUUUGAAAGAUGCAUUGUAAUUCAGAUAAGUAUAAGACAGCUUGAAGAUACAUACUGAUUAAUUGCACAUACAUUAUAUAUAUUGAAUAGUGUUUUAGAAUUGCUUCACACCUGGACUAUGAUGACAAUCAUUCUGUGAGGUUGCUCAGUAAGAGGCUUUGACAAGAUGAGGUAUGAAAAUUGUUGCACAACUCCACUAAAUAUUAGGGUAGGCCAAGGGUUAGAGUCUAGGGGAGUGUUGGCUAGAUUACCUCAAUUUAAUUACUUUCCACUUUAUUAUAAACCAAUGUCCUUUGCUACAGAAAUUCUUAAUUUUUGGAAUACUCCAGCUUUAUUCCAACAAGUGUCUUGAUAGGGUGGACAAAUUCUAAGGAAUCUCCAUAUUAUGGGUCUUGUCUCAUUGUCAUAUAGAGGCAGUUUGUGGAGAAACCCUUCUAUUAGGUUCUUCUAAAUCCUAGCUAAGGAAUAUUGAACGUGGUGUAGAUGAUGGUGAGAGGAAAGCCAUAAAUUCUCAUAUUGUCAGAUAGGUCCUGGGUGUUGAAACCAAUCUAUAAAAUAGUUCAGCGUAUGCAUAUAAAAUAUUAACAUACAGUUGCUGUUGAUAAUAUAUUCAGAAUUAUGUUUUAUUACUGUACUGUGGUAAUUAUAAACAAUUUUCUUGUAUUCAAAUGUGCACUGUAAUUUAGAAUAUUCUGCUAAACCAACUGUGUAGACUGAUUUAUUAAUAAAAGAGACUUGAAUUUAUUGUU